GCGGGCGGUGCGGCGGCGCGCGCGGAAACGAAGCCGGAGCUGCGGGCGAACUUGCAACGGCGGGCCCUGUGGGAACGGCUGCAGCAUGGCCGCGCUCUAUGGCGGCGUGGAAGGGGGAGGCACAGGGUCCAAAGUCCUUUUACUUUCUGAGGAUGGGAAGAUCCUGGCAGAAGCAGAUGGACUGAGCACAAACCACUGGCUGAUUGGCACAGACAAGUGUGUGGAGAGGAUCAACGAGAUGGUGGACAGGGCCAAACAGAAGGCUGGAGUGGAUCCUCUGGUACCCCUUCGAAGUCUGGGCCUGUCCCUGAGUGGUGGGGAGCAGGAGGAUGCAGUGAGGCUCCUGAUAAAGGAGUUGAGGAGCCGAUUUCCUUGCCUGAGUGAAAAUUACUUAAUCACCACUGAUGCAGCAGGUUCCAUUGCCACAGCUACACCGGAGGGUGGGAUUGUGCUCAUCUCUGGAACAGGCUCCAACUGUAGGCUUAUCAACCCUGAUGGCUCUGAGAGUGGCUGCGGUGGCUGGGGCCACAUGAUGGGAGACGAGGGCUCAGCUUACUGGAUUUCACACCAAGCUGUGAAGAUUGUGUUUGACUCUAUCGACAACCUGGAGGCAGCUCCUCAUGAUAUUGGCUAUGUCAAACAGGCCAUGUUCAACUAUUUCCAGGUGCCAGAUCGGCUGGGAAUUCUCACCCACUUGUAUAGGGAUUUUGAUAAAUCCAAGUUUGCUGGGUUUUGCCGGAAGAUUGCAGAAGGUGCUGUAGGUGCACAGCAGGGAGACCCUCUUUGCCAGCACAUCUUCAAGAAGGCUGGUGAGAUGCUGGGCAGACAUAUUGUAGCAGUGUUACCAAAGAUUGACCCGGUUUUGUUCCAAGGGAAGCUUGGCCUCCCCAUUCUGUGUGUGGGCUCAGUGUGGAAGAGCUGGGAGCUGCUGAAGGAAGGCUUUCUCCUGGCGCUGACCCAGGGCCGAGAUCUGCAGGCACAGAACGCCUUCUCCAGCUUCACCCUGAUGAAGCUCCGGCAUUCUUCUGCCCUGGGGGGUGCCAGCCUCGGUGCCAGGCAUGUUGGACACCACCUUCCCAUGGACUACAGCAUCAAUGCCAUUGCCUUCUAUUCCUACACAUUCUAGGGUCUGCCCACCUCCCCAUUCCACGACAGUGAACGUUAGAAGGGAGAGUUUUCCUUUUUAAAAAUACAUGUGGAAGAAAUAAAUGCACUUUACCCCCUCCCUCCGGGUGGUAUCCUCA